AUGCUAAGUCUUGUAGAAAUUUCUGUGCAUUUAAUAUUAAAUAGAGAAAUUGGCAUUUAUAACUGACAGGGUGAAACCAUUAAAACGAAUAGCUCAGAAAAACAUUUGAAUUUAUAUUUAAAUUUUUGCCAUGCCUUGAUAAAGACUUUCAGCUAUCUAUCAAAAAUUUCAAAAAAUUAUUAUUUAUUAUUGCCCCACCCCCUUUAAAGCGAGCUAAUCUUAGAAAAGUGCCUAUUUCGGAAAUAUUAAGCUUCAAUCAUAUAUUGAACUUUUAAUGAAAUUUAA